AUGUUUUCUAAUAGUACUCAGAAAAAACAUUGGGUAUUUUCAGAUGAGAGUAUACUUGAUAAAUUAAAAUACGAAUCCUCACAAAACUAUAUAAUUAAGUUCACGGAAAAAUUUCAAGGUUUUAUUGAAAGCUUGGAUGACGUAUUUUUGACCCUAGAGGAGGAGAAAGAAUUACAAUUAUAUUACGAAAAAAAGUUAUGGGACUUUUACACACUUUACUUUUACGAAAUACCCAGAUCAGUUGUGGACAUGGCUUUCACUUACUACAAAAGGUUCUACCUAGUCACAUCUGUCAUCGACUUCCACCCGAAAGAGAUUUUGGUCACCUGCCUAUUUUUAGCUUGCAAAGUUGACGAAUAUAACCUGACACUACCUCAAUUUCUCAGUAACAUCAAAGGUGAUAAGAAAAAAUUGGCUGAAGUUAUAAUAAGCCACGAGAUGAAAAUAAUAGAACGACUCAAAUUUCAAAUGAUCGUUCACACACCGUACCGACCUUUGGAGGGUUUUUUCAUCGAUAUCAAAACUCGUUAUCCAUUGUUGAAAGACCCGGAUAAACUGAGGAUAGGAUCUGGCAUGUUUUUAGACGCACUUCUCUUUACGAAUGCAUGCUUUUUAUUCACCCCUUCACAAAUAGCCUUGACAUCCUUAGUAGUUAGCAGUCAGAAGAUUGGAGAAGAUUUGACCAAUACGGGAAGGGAUUGCUAUGAAAUCAUAAAAAUAGCACAUUUCGAGUACGCCCAUUGUGGUUACAUCGUUUCAAGUAUUCUUCACAUAUGCGACUAUAUCUACGUGGAAUUGUUGUACGAAAAUAGCACACUAGAAGAUAAAUCGAUCUUGCAAAAUUCGAUUAAAAAGAUCCAAGAGUUAGCUUCAUCAUCUGUGUUCUCAAAUAGCGAAAAAUUUUAUGCAAUCGACAAAAAUCCCAAUAUAAAAAUUAUAGAAUCAAAAUUAGAGAAAUGUAGGAAUCCGGAAAAUAAUCCAGAUGCUCCUGAGUUUACUCGCAAAAUAAGAAUAGAAAUGGGGUUGGACGAUUUUCCUGAUGACUAAUUAUAGAUAUUCAUAUUAUAUGUAUAUACAUAAUUUUAAAUAUA